GUAAUUGGAGGAACAAAAAAGACAGUCACGCCCACUUUUUAAGAACAACAAAAGAAAAUCAAUCUCUCCUUUGAGAUCGGUCUCUCUCUCUUUCUUUCUCUGCUCCUAACCGAUCUCUCUCUCUGUCUCACGCAUUUCGAAGCCCCAUCAUCACAAGCUCUUCGAAGCCAAUCUCGCCCGAAAAUGGCGAACAGUGAGGAGGGCUGCUCUACUCAGCUUAUUGAUGGGGAUGGUACAUUCAAUGCCACUGGAAUUGACCGUUUAAUCAAGGAGGUUAAAUUGGGCGAAUGUGGACUUUCCUAUGCCAUUGUCUCCAUUAUGGGUCCACAAAGUAGUGGAAAGAGCACACUGUUAAACAAUCUAUUUGCGACCAAUUUUAGAGAGAUGGACGCUUUUCGAGGAAGGUCUCAAACAACAAAAGGUAUUUGGUUGGCAAAAUGUGCCGGUAUUGAGCCUUGUACUCUUGUCAUGGAUUUAGAGGGUACAGAUGGAAGAGAACGAGGAGAGGAUGAUACAGCAUUUGAGAAGCAGAGUGCCCUCUUUGCUCUUGCUGUUUCAGAUAUUGUGCUCAUAAACAUGUGGUGUCAUGAUAUUGGCCGUGAGCAAGCUGCAAAUAAGCCUCUCCUAAAGACUGUUUUCCAAGUGAUGAUGCGAUUGUUUAGUCCACGUAAAACAACUCUGAUGUUUGUAAUCCGUGAUAAGACAAGGACGCCAUUGGAGAAUUUAGAACCAGUGCUUAGAGAAGACAUUCAGAAGAUAUGGGACUCUGUUCCUAAGCCUGAAUCCCACAAGGAAACUCCAUUAAGUGAAUUUUUCAAUGUUGAGGUUGUUGCUCUUUCAAGUUAUGAAGAAAAGGAAGAACAAUUUAAAGAGCAGGUUGCUAGCUUGAGGCAGAGAUUCUUUCAUUCUAUUGCACCCGGCGGUCUUGCUGGUGACCGACGGGGAGUAGUUCCUGCUUCAGGGUUUUCUUUCAGCGCACAACAGAUAUGGAAAGUCAUCAAAGAAAACAAAGAUCUUGAUCUUCCGGCUCACAAGGUCAUGGUGGCUACCGUACGUUGUGAAGAGAUUGCCAAUGAGAAGUAUGCUGAUUUUUCAGGAAAUGAGGAGUGGAGUCAGUUGGAAGAGGCUGUUCAAUCUGGUCCUAUCUCUGGCUUCGGGAAGAAGCUCAGUUCAAUCCUUGAUACUUGUCUAUCAGAGUAUGAUGCAGAGGCUACAUAUUUUGAUGAAGGUGUCAGAACUGGGAAGCGCAAGCAGCUUGAAGAAAAAUUGCUGCAACUUGUCCAACCUGCGUUCCAAGCUUUGCUGGGACAUAUAAGAUCAGGUUCUCUGGAUAAGUUCAAGGAAGCAUUUGAUAAGGCCUUGAAUGGAGGGGAGGCAUUUUCAGUGGCUGCUUGCAAUUGCUUUGAGUCAUUUAUGGCUCUAUUUGAUGAAGGAUGUGCAGACGCUGUUAUCACACAAGCAAACUGGGACACAUCUAAAGUAAGGGAUAAACUUAAACGCGAUAUGGAAGCUCAUAUUGCUUCAGUUCGUGCUUCCAAGCUAGCUGAACUUACUGCACUUUAUGAGGCGCAAUUGAAGGAGGCCUUAUCAGGACCAGUGGAAGCCCUUCUAGAUGGAGCUAAUAGUGAAACCUGGCCUGCAAUAAGAAAACUUUUCCGGCAUGAGACAGAAUCAGCCGUCUCUGGGCUCUCUAGUGCACUUUCGGGUUUUGAUAUGGAUAAACAAUCCAAGGGCAAAUUACUUUCAAGUCUGGAGGCAUAUGCAAGAGGUGUGGUAGAAGCUAAAACAAAGGAAGAGGCUGGAAGGGUUUUGAUCCGUAUGAAGGACAGGUUUACAACAUUAUUUAGCCAUGAUUCUGAUUCAAUGCCACGUGUUUGGACUGGGAAGGAAGAUAUUAGAGCAAUCACCAAAACUGCUCGUUCUUCAUCCUUAAAGUUGCUCUCUGUUAUGGCCGCAAUCCGUUUGGAUGAUGGUGAUGCUGAUAAUAUUGAGAAUACUUUAUCCCUUGCCUUGGUGGAUUCCACAAAUGUUGCUGCUAAAGAUAGGAGUAUCACAACAGCUGAUCCACUGGCUUCAAGCACUUGGCAAGAGGUUUCCUCCUCAAAAACAUUGAUCACACCUGUCCAAUGCAAAUCUUUGUGGAGGCAGUUCAAGGCAGAGACUGAGUACAGUGUUUCUCAGGCUAUUUCUGCACAGGAAGCUAACAAGCGUAAUAACAACUGGUUACCACCUCCUUGGGCAAUUGUUGCCUUGAUUGUCCUGGGAUUCAAUGAAUUUAUGACACUUUUAAGAAAUCCUUUAUAUCUGGGUGUCAUCUUUGUUGGCUUUUUACUCAUUAAAGCCCUAUGGGUGCAGCUAGAUGUCGCGGGUGAAUUCCGGAAUGGUGCUCUUCCCGGGCUUAUUUCUUUGUCCAGCAAACUUGUUCCAACUAUCAUGAACAUGAUUAAAAGACUAGCAGACGAAGGGGCAAAUGCUGCAGCUAAUGAUCCUCAUCGGAACCCUCCACUAGCAUCAAAAAACUUUACGAAUGAAGGGAAUGCUAGCAGUGAAAUGUCAUCCAGUGCCUCAUCUGGACUGACAGAAUCUGACUACUCCAGCCCCUCAAAACAAGACUAGUUAAACUAAGCUCUCUUGAUCAAGGACCAUUUUUUCUGUUUGAAGAUGCUGGUGUUCUGCGCACUUAUUGUAAUAGUGUUACUCGCAUAACAUCUUCGUAUAUUAGGUCUGUGAGCUUGUACGUCACUGUUGCAGGCACGUAAUGGUAAUAUUUUUGUAGGCAUCAUUUUUGAGCAAGUGCCAACAUACAAGGGGCUGUUUGUUGUUGUGAGGAAGCCCCCAUUAAGUAGUAAUUAUUUUUUGGGUCUAGGUGUUUUUGUCUUUUCGUUUGUUGGACAAGCUACAAAAGGCUCCAUUCAGUGCUCGAUAUUGAUAUUGAAGGUAGUUGAUUAUGAUGAAGAUUUGCAUCAGUUUUGUAUUGCUACAAUUGUAACCUUGUUUGGUUGUAUUUUAUUGAAAAUUUUCAGAGGCCAA